CAUUGUUUACCUACAACGUUCGAGCAUUUAUUUUUGUAUUCAAUAUAUGCAGCAAAUUCAAUUCGUCUGGGAUGAAUAUCUGCUAGAAUCGGCAGAAUGGAUGGAGGUUUUGCUGAGAUUGAAGAGAUACGACGUCUUCGUUGCCGAUUGUGUUUUCAUGCAGCUGAAGGGUAUCAGUUAAAUGAGAUAUUUACUAAAACGGACGAUUUGUCCAAAAGAGUCUUGAGUGCACUGGGAGUAAAGAUUAAUCGAAGCGAGAAGCAGGCAAAAAUAUGCACGGUUUGUGCGACAAUUAUUGAUAUUAUUCAGAGUUUCCAGGCGGUAUGCAAACAAACAAAUCAGUUGCACAACAGUCGGAAUAACUUCCUUUUGUAUGACACGUUUUGGGAUAGCCGGGAACAAGACGCAGUGAAAGCGACUGAGAAAAUUAUACUUAAACAUCGCUCAAACGUGGACAACACAAUAAGCGGAACGAUCGUCAUCCCAAAGCAGACAAAAAUUGAAACUAAUAAACCACUAUUGAUAAUCGAAAGGGCAAAGAAGAAUGAGACCAAUGAAGAAAAUGAGAGACCACGAUCGAAAAUGCUUAGAACAGAAAUAGUUAUUUGCGAAGCUAUGAUUAAACAGGAACUACUGGAUAAUAGCUCUCAGGUGCAACUCCAGCCGGAAUUGGAAGAAGUGAUGAUGAGCGAUAUCGAUAUUGAUGGGAGCGAUGUGGAUAGUGAUUCCAGACCAGAAGAGCCCGAUUCCGCUUCGUCAGUUCCAGCUUGUGAAGGAAAACGUAACGAAGAGGAAUGUAAACCCAACAAACGGUCAAGAAUUAGGAAGUCUUCAAUACCUAGUGAAAAUGAUGGAAGUGAUCCGCAUACCAUGGAAUCUGACGAUGAAGAUCAUAGAAAACCACGUCGAAGAGCAAGGACAUCAAAUACAUCACAAAAAGAAUAUGACAAUGAACAUGAACCUAAGGUACCGGGUAAGAGAGGGCCACGUCGCAAGAAGGUUCGAAAGUCUGAUCCGAGCGUUUGUGACAUUUGUGGCCAAACAGUGGCCCAUUUUGUUAAAGAAUCUCAUCAUAAUCAACAUCUCGGAAUACGUCCGUACAAAUGUGACUAUGAUGGUUGUGGGCGUUCAUACUUCUCUCAAAACGAUUUGAGAACUCAUAGUAAACGUCACCAGAUUACCUAUCACGUGUGUGAAAUUUGCGGUCGUAACAUAAAAGGCGUGGAAUGGUUUCGAAGACAUGUUAAAACGCAUACUGAAGGUCCUCAAUUCACCUGCGAGGUUUGUGGCAGUAAGUUUCGAAGGAAAGCUCAACUUCAAACACAUAUGGUCACCCACACGGGUUUGACCCCGCAUGAGUGCGAAAUUUGCGGAAAACGAUUCGCAUUAAAAUAUAAUUUAGAAGCUCAUGUCAAACGCCAUCGGAAUAAGGAAGAUGAUGGAAAGGCAAAUGAGCAACAAAAGGAUGUACCAGAGAAGCGUACAUGGAAAUAUUAUGUAAAAUCGGAAAAUUCCGGUAGAAAACAUCACGUUACAUGUGAAACAUGUGGGAAGCUAGUCCAUAAGCGGGAAAUUGAAGGGCAUGUGAACAAGCAUCUGGAUCGAAGACCCUACUCCUGCGAUGUACCAGGCUGCACGCUUGCUUUUUACGGGUUGCGUGGAAUUAAGGAGCACAAAAUGGUUGUACAUUCAGACAAGGUCCUACGCUAUGAGUGUAGUAUUUGUAAUCGUUCAAUCAAGGGAGCAGGAACCUUUAAACGACAUGUGAUGAUGCACAAUUCCAACAUGAAGGUUGAGUGUCAAUACUGUGGGAAGAAAUUCACAUCCAAGAGCUACCUCAAAGCCCACGAGCAAAAACAUUCCGGCGAGCGUCCAUUUGUUUGUGAAAUUUGCGGACGGUCGUUUGCUAUGAAGCCCUGUUGGAAAAUGCACAUGAAAACUGUACACAACCAAGAUCGGCGGGAACCGAUGCGAGUUCGUAAGCGUAACGAUGAAGAACAGCAAGUACACACUGAGCAACAAGCCGCCUCGAAGGACGAAGUGUUGCAGGAGAGUAUAUCCGAUCAGCAGCAAUAUCUCCAACCACAGUUGCCAUCACAACAACAACAACAGCAAUUGUUAUCACAUUCGACUGCGACAGAAUUAUCACAGUAUACAAUGUCGGAUUCGGUUAGAACGGAUUAUUCAUAUUAAGCAACGAAAUAUGCGUAUCUAAUUGUUCUUAUUAAGUUUGAGCUUGAACUCAGAAGAAAUAACAAAAAAAAAUAUUUGUAUUGCAUUAUUG